AUGCAUUAAGGUAAAUCGGAUAAUCUAUAAGGUAGACCCAAAUAACCUGGAGUAUAAUUGCCUCCUAUUGAUAGAAAAGGAAACAAAUCAAAUGUUAGAUAGAAUGCUUAAAUGUAAAACUAACAAAAAGAAGCAAAGCAAAAUGAAGACAAGUAUGAAUAAAUGAGAAACAGAUCAAAAAAUAAUGCAGAUCGCUUAUAAAAGCUUAAAGAUAUCAAAAGUCAAUACACCAUAAAAAAAGGAAAAAAAGGAGAAAAAUUACAAAGAAUAAAGUCCGAAAAUGAUCAAGGAGCUUACUAGGGAAAUGAUGGUGGUUAAAACUAUGGAUUUGAAGUUUAUGAUGUUGAAAGAGUUAAUGGCAGCAAUGGUGAUGAAAAUAUUGCAAAUAUAAUUAACAAUUAUAACAAAGGCAAUGUAAAAGAUGAACCCGUGGAGAGUGAAAUCGAAGCACUUGAACGUGAACUAGCUUAGUUAAAAAAUGAUAUCAAAAGUUAAGAGCUCUCAAUUGCUGAACUAGAUGAUAUAUAAAAGAAGACUGAAUAAUUAGGGUAAUAACAAUAAUAAUAAAAAUAAUAGCAGCUUUAACCAUAAUAACCUGACUUAAAAAAUAUGGUAUUUGGUUAAAGAGUUAAAGGUAAAGAUAUGAACGAUUAUUGGAAUUCAAAUGAGCAAAAAACAACAUUUAAAGUUCAAUAAAAUCCUGGUGGAUAGAGCUAGAUAAAUAUUGGAGGUGACUACAACUUUUUCAAAGACAAAGAAAAUGCAGAUUAUAAGUCAAAUAAAAAUGGUAAAAAUUAUUAUUCUCCAAACAACAACAAAAUAGGAUAAAGAGUUUAGUAAGAAGAAGUCAUUUACAACUCUAAUAACUAAUUAAGAACAAAUAGUGAUAACAACAGUUAAAUAUCAAGUCAAAAGAAGCAUCACCCUAACGAAUAGUCAUAUAAUAUAAUUAACCAUUCCAAUUUCGAUGAUAACAAUAGUAAAUAUAAUGGAAACAACUAGCAAUAGUCUAGCUAUUAGAACUAACAUAAACAGUCAAUUAACAUAUUCGAAGGUUAUCCAGCCCAAAAUGGAAAUAAUAAACAAAAAAAUUCUAAUCCAUUUAUCAAUAGUUUAUAUUAUUAAUAAGAGAAGGAAUAAUAAUAAUAAUAAAAUUAUUAGUAGGCAGCAUCUAAUGUUAGAGGAUAGUAGCUUUAGCAGCAACCAUAAUAAUAAGCAUAUAAUUAAUAUAAUUAAUAAUCGAGUGAUAUAACUGCUGAUGGUAAAAAAAAUGUUAGAGUUUCUCAACCACCAGGUAGAAUUAUAUUUUAUUAUUUCAUUUACUUUUUUUAUCAAUCAUUUUUAUAUUUUUGA